CGUUUUGUAAUUCCCGACGAAGAAAUGGCUGGUAUCGGCAAAAGGAUGCUCUUACGUGAUAUUAAUCAACAUUUGAUCUGUCUACUGUGCCGAGGCUACCUCAUAGAUGCCACAACCGUGGUGGAGUGUUUGCAUUCCUUUUGCAGAAGUUGCAUUUUAAAACAUCUCAGCACUUCAGCGCAGUGCCCAUCGUGCAAACAUGUGCUCAACAAAGCGAAGCCAAAUAUCAAAGCCGAUAAGACAUUACAGGAGAUCGUGUAUAAGCUAGUGCCUGGGUUAUACCAUAGAGAAAUGUUAAAGAGAAGGGAGUUUUAUAAAAAGCAUCCUGAGCACGCGAAUCUAACAACGCCGGAACAACGAGGUGAAGAUGUGAGCGGACGAUUAAUAUUCAAUCCUGAGGAUGUGGUGAGCUUAAGCUUGGAAUACCUGCCGCCAGAAGCAGAUCCGCUGGAUAUAUUGAGCACCAAUGACACGGACACGACUAAUUCGAAUAGCGUCAACAGCGGUGGCAAUAUCAAUAACAGUAAUCACAACGGCAAUACCAGCAACAGCAGGAGAUAUCUACAGUGUCCGGCUCUCGUAACUAUCGCGCAUCUCAAAAAGUUCAUAUCAAUGAAAUAUAGUGUUGACGUAACCAGAUACACCAUCGAGAUUUGUCAUCGACGUGCGACUCUUCCCGAAAACUGGACCCUCAUGGACGUUGCUUAUAUUUACGCAUGGAAAAGAAUUGCACCGAUGAGAUUUUUCUAUCUAGUGGCGCAUGAACAGAGACUCGAAGCACCACUUCACCAAAGACCGUCGACUCCGGGAUUGGGAGCCCGAGGUUUGCCACCAAAUGACGUUCGGAAUAACAGUGAUAUAAACAGUAAUUCCGUUAAUCAGAUUCCGGAAACCUCUAAAUCGGAAGUUAAAUCGGCGAGCGAUAGCGAUAGGACAACGUCUUUAACGAAAAAUUUGAUUGCAAACAAGAUAAAUACGCCUGUGAAUUGCAAAUCAACAGUGAUAGACGAGAAAGACGAAGCAAGCAAAACGACAACGGUAACGAUAUCAGCAACGUCGUCGAUUUUAACACCGACGAGUGCGACGACGACGAUAUUGACCACGGUAGCGACAAACAUGUCUUCAUCGAUGACAACAAUGACAACGAUGACGACAUCGACGACGUCGACGACGACGACGACGACGACGACGACGACGACGACGGCGAUGGCGACGACGGCGACGACAGCGACGACGACGACGACAGCGACGACGGCGACGGCAAUGACGGCGACGACGAUGACAACAACAACGACGAUGAUUCGAACAAGCAAUGAUUCGAACAAGCAAAUAAAGAGUCCGAUUAAGAUAAUGAAGAAUCCAGAUGGAAAAUAUGAAGUGCUGAAGAAUCCGUCCACUCCUUCUACCGUGACGAACAUCAAGAGCCCAACGAGUCCUGAAUUUAGUGUCGUGAAUUCCAACGGCGUCAAGAUAACACUGAAGCAAUGUUCGCCGCCUCAAAAUAAUAAUGCGAAAAAACCAAAAGUCAUUAGCGAUGUUCUGUUACGUUGCGGCCAAAUAGAGAAAGACAUGCCAUCGGGCACGUUGAUUCAGCGAAUACAGCAACAACAAGAUAAAGAUAAAUUUACUACGACGAUUUUGCCUGAUAAAUUGGAAAAGCAACGGCGCAAAGUGACCUUCUCAGUAGAUCGAUCUCCGACUUCCGAGAAGCCUUCUCCCAUUAACGCUAGCGGUACCGUGCCGAAAACAGCGCUAAAGAAACCGGCGGAGCAGCAGGACAAAAAGCAAUUCCUGCAGGGCUUCCAGUUGACCGCUCGUGAACCAUCGGUGCCAAACGAUAACAAGUUACCUACCAUUCGAGACAUUGGUGCCGCGAUGAACGCCUUUAAAUCUCUUCAAAAAAAUAACACAAAGGUGGAAGAAUCCUCGAAGAAAGAUACUGACGAAAUCAAGAAAAAGAGCAACACUGAGAACGCCGGCUCGAAUGUGAAUGGUAAUACCAUUGCGACAAACGCGGUCGCGAAACGGAAUCUCCUCGGAAUGACUGCUAAUUCACAUGCGAACAAGAUCAACGAUGCAAACGGACGUGCAUUUAAUUCGGGAAUCGGUUCAAAUAACACGAGCAAUCAUGCCGCUAAGAUGGAUGUGUACACCUUCUCUAACGAUCCGCCGAUCGUUCCAGCUGGAGCAGUAAAGAGAAAAUGUCCGCCGGGUGUACCGAUCGCCGAUUUAAAGCGCCGAAAGUCACCGCAGAUCGCGCAGAAACAGGAAUCUAACAAGAGACAAAACGUUUCUCCAUAUAAUUCUGCUUCUAAGUUAUCGCGUACUUCUUCCGCGGAACAUGUGAUACCUACGAGCAGAACAACCAAUAUAACGGGAGAUUACAGUGGCAGUUCGAGUCGCGUGUCCAAUGCAAAAGUAUCGACCAGUCCAGUGCUGUCAAACGACACCAGAGAUUUUCUAGUGGAUGGCUACGGAUUGAAUAUUCCAGCGAGUUUGAGCAUAACGCUGACGUCACCCAAGUCUUCGGGAGUUUCUGGGCAAUUAGUUGAGUCCAAAGAUUCCAACGAUAACAGUCGCGGGAAGGUCGCGUUGGGCAAAGUGAAUCCUAGUAUCACAUUGAACGAUCGAUCGAUCGAUCCACGCGUGUUGAAGGCUCUGAAAACCGGACAGAUGAGAAUGCCAGCCACCCCAACGAAGGCCAAAUCAGCGGCGGUAACAGUAGCGACGACGAAACAGACGCCGAUGACGACGGAUCGUAGCGAGACAGCAACGAACCCACAACGAACAACAACGUUUGUUGGAAAACGGAAGAAGGAACACGAAUUAUCCAGGGAUAUUCUGGAUUUGAGCGGAGGUAAAAAGAAUAUGGAUUUACAUCCUCUAAGAAUUCCUCAGCCGGUGACUAAGCUUAAGCAAAAUAAGACCAAUAAAGGUAAGGACAAUAUGCAACCGGGUAGCGUCUCCGAUCAAGGCCAACUAGUGACACUGGGUAAUCAUCUGUAUUAUCGAGCACCUCCGGGUUCUCUAACACCCGCCGCUCACCGUGUCAACGAUUUUCCGCUACCGCCAUCGCCAUCGCGUACUCCCGUUUACGCGCCGUGUCUCGGUUCCAUCAAUCGAUCGAAUUCGGACUUUUCAUCCGUCUUUCCGACUCUAUCAAGCUUUUAUGCUCUGAAUCAGGCGCAGAAUCUUCAGCAGUUUCAUAUGGACACAACGCGGUUAAAACUACCACCCUGUCCUAUUGCGGAAGGCGGCGCGACCUCUGCGUCAUCUGGAAGCGGUGACAACCCAGCUAAUCCUAAUAUCAGUGGCAUGCCAGGAAAGAGUCAUUUAGCCGCUCAGUGCGCGCCGAUUAAACCUGCAAGAUCUUCCGUAGCACCCUUGGCGGUUCCUAUCAAUAAACAACAACAGUCUGUCGACAAAUCUGCGAAUGUUAAUGUCAAUCGGACGAAUCUGAGUGAUUCCUCAAGCAAACCUUCGACUUUUCGUAAUAACGAAAGUCACAUCUCGGUGGACGAAACACAUCGUCUGAACGUCCAAAAAAGAUUUUCCUCGAAUGUCGAAAGUACAAAUAACAAGUUUUUGUCGCGGAACGAAGACGUAAAGAACACAAGCCAAGUCACGAAUGAGACUACUGGAGAUACGAAAACCGAGCCUAGAAAAGAAACGAUCAAUCCUGACAAUUCGAUACAACAACAACAACAACAGCAACCGAAUCGCGAAGUAGCGAGUCCUAAUAUCGUAUCGUCGACGGCUUCGCCAUCGCCACCUCCCGGCAGUGAUGGUGCGAAAAAUGAAGGUAAUACUAAUCACGGUGACAAUAAUAUCAACAGUUCAAACGAAGGUAAUAACGGGAUGUCAUCGAGUCCUACGAAGAGCAUCGUUUCCGAAGCGACGUGCAACAAAUCGCCGGACAGUCCGGACUCCAGUUCGAUCACGGUGGAGUGCAGUUCGGGUACGAAUUCAGGUAAAACGAUGGAUCAAGAAAUAUCGAUGGAUGGGACGAAAACCUCGGAUGCGAAUCCAACCGUUGAUGAUUCUACCGUUUCCGACGAUAAAAACAAAUUCGUCACCAAACCGGAAGUGAGUGAGAUCGCGAAACAAUUGACCUCCGUGCAGAAAACGUUACUGGCGGUUUUUCCCUCAAACGAAUGGGCGAACAAUCCCAUCGCCGCCGAGCAUCUGGGAAACUUCUUAAAAAGUCUGAAUGCCACGAUAAAGAGCGAAGAGAGCGCCGACGAAUCCAAGGCGGAGAAAAUAGAUCGGAAAACCGAGAGUAAUGAAAAUCGGUAAUAAUACUUCUAUUAAUUCAAGGAAGAUGAAGGCAUGAUAAUCGCGACAAUUUUACGGUAUUGCGGGAAACUACACGCCUACAUGGUUUUCCACGCCAUUUCGUCAUCGAUGUGACAAUUUUAUAGAAUUUUAUAGCUCAUCUGGUGAGAAAAGACAGUUUUAGUUUCUUUCAUCUUGAUAAUUGUUAUAGACCGGAAGUUUCGCUGAAUUCAUUGUAUAUCCGAUUAUUGAACGCAAUAACGCGCAUACGAAACUUAAUGAUAACGAGAGAAAUUACACGCAAGCAGACAAACGGAUAAAUUCUGAGACACUGCCACAUGAAUGGAAGAUGCGUGGAAUCAUUUUUUACAGGGAUGCACACAGUUAUUACAAUUCACGCGAAGUGAGAGAGGAGAAUCUCUAAAAAGAACGUUACAUAUAUUGUAGAGUACACAGAAUAUGCAGUAUAGUAUAAAGAGCAGUAAAUCGAGAAUUUUAUUUUUCCAAGUUUCUUAAAAAGAAUCUUUCAUAUGCUCUAGAGUAUGAUCUAUAGAUUACAUUAUUGAUCUUGUCAAAUUCAAACUUGAAACAUUCCAGAAGAAAGAAUUCGUUGUCUUUCUCUGAGAAUCUUAUUUGCAGAAUGUAACUUUCAAUCAAUGAUAUAGAUUGGCAAUGACAGCUUAUUUCACAAAUAAGCUAUAUCUUGGAUAGUUUACAGUCAUUGCUUUCAACAUUUGCUAUUAAAAUCAUCAUGUAAUAAAAUCGCGUCUUUAUAUAUUUAAUUGAUAAAUAACAUGUUAUAGCUGCAUUGACAAUUAUAACAAAAAAAAAAAGUAACAAGAACCUAAAAGUGGUCCAAAACAAGUUAUGUAAAUUGUAUUUGCAUAUCAUAUAUUUCGCAUUGAUUCUUUAAUACAGAUUUAAUAUCAUUUUUAUACCAUUUUUCUAAAAUUUGCUAAUGCAUAAUCAAAUGACAGAAAAUGAGAAAGCUUGCAAGAUUGAAUUAUUAGAAUAAUAAAAUAUUAUUUAUAUUUUAUUCAAUCUUUUAUUGAAUGUGCAUACUAUAUUUCAUUAUCUAACAUAACUUGUUGAUUACAUAAAACUCAGAUAUGAAAGUUAUUAAGUAGAUGAUGCGAAUACAGUUCCACAUGUACAGAUCCGAUACUGUAAAUUAAAGAUAUCAUAUGCACAACAUAUUCUUGGAAAAUGAAAAAAAAAACUUCAAUCCAGUACUAUUCUCUUAUUAUAUCUUUUGUGUUAUGUUUUUUUAUAUAUUAGUUGCAUAAUGUCUAUAUGUUGUGUAAUUAUUGUUACGUUAUGCUACUGCUCACAAUGCGUUUGUAUUAUAUUAAUUGUAUUUUAUUUGAGACUUGUACAUAUUUAUGAUUAUUAUAUACAUAAUAAUGAGCGGAACAUAAUGUCUUUUUCUCGAAAUUAUUGUUAUUUGAUAAAUCGGUAGUUAACCGAGUGCGUUUCUUGUGUUUUACAUAUUAAGGAUGUGUAGUACGAUAAGAGAAUAUAUUUGACAGUCAAAUGUCCGUACUAUAAAGUCAUCUAAAUUAAACAAUAUCUUUUGAUAAGAUAUUUCUUAUUAUAAAUAUUUUCGUUAGUUCCUAUGGCGUUCUCAUUCCAAUGGCAUCGAAAGUGUUUGUGGUACGCUUUGUUUUUCAUUCGCUUUUUCAUGCAAAUGUGAUCACAUAUGGCAAAUGUAAAAAGCAGAGCAGGAGAAAAAUUCAAUCUUUGCGGACAUAUGAUUGUAUAAUACAUUAUAUAUAAUUUGUAUAAUUAUAUUGUGUUAUAUCUUUACAAUAAAUUUCUUUUUAAGGUA